AUGCUGACACGGACUGGAUCUGACGAAGGUACGAACUGUACAAACGACAUGGCACUCUUGACGGACUCCGAUACAUUACGGAAAGGACUUGUUACGAGAUCGGACACUGACGAUACGGCAUGUUUAACGGACUUGCGGAAGGGAUCUGAUGGAGGUGAGAAGCGAGCUAUGACUCCUUCUGCCCUACCUCCUCGCGUUUUAAAGGGUCGCUUCCUAAAAACGAAGAAAGGCUCUUCUAAGGGCCACUCUGGGGGGGACUCGGACACUGUCUCCAGGCCGGUCACCCCCACUCCCGGAUUUGGACCUAGAGACGACGACGGGUCGAUGUCGGAUGCCUCCAUGCAUUCAACAGUCUCGACGGUGACUGCGACGCCUAUGAAGAGGCCCAGCGCCGUCCUGUAUGGAGAAUCGGACGCAGAGAACCCCGCGGGCGCUGUCGCUAAAAAGAAGCCGGCUGCUCGUAGGGGUAGGGGCGCACGUACCCCUUCGUCUGCGUCCGUGAGGCCCGCCGCCAAAAAAGACUUGACAUCUGCUUCCGAGGAGGAGCCUUGCCCCGGCCCCUCUUACAAAAAUGCCUAG